ACCCGCUGAGAGGGGGAGAGAGAGGGAGACUGGGCGCACAAAGGAAGUCCACAUUCUGAUCGUUCUGAAGGGAAAUAAUUGGGUACAUGAUGUAAACACGGAAUAAAUAUCGAAAGGCAUCAUUCCAAUUUACUCCCCUCUAUUCUAUCUCACUUGUCCAUUAAAGGUGUUUAAUAUUUUAUGAGGUAGCUUUACUGACUGCGCGUCUGUCUGUACGAAGAAAGGCAGCCAGAGUGGGGAACUAAAGCCAAGAAUGGAGGAGAGGGAAGAGGAGUUGAGCUUUGUUCCAACCUCUCUUCGAUGAGGUUGCUGGACUUUCUCGCUUGCUUUGGAAGACGCGAUGUUGAUGCGUAAAAGCUGACCAAGUUCUAAAAGGGUUGAUAUUCUUUGCUUCGUUGGAGCUACGAAAAAGACGAUGGGAGAGAACGCCAAUAUGUUGCAUUUCUGAGGCAAAUACGUCUCCAUGGGAGAGGUCCGCUGAUCCAAGAAUCCCUGUGUCUUUUACCCCUCCCCAUCCACCCUUGAACCCUUCCCCCUCUAGUGGAGCCACAAUGACUUCCACAAGCCAGCUUCUGGGUUUAGCUGAGAUGGGCCUAAAGUGUGACCAGGAGAUUGAGAGGAGGUAUGAAAUCGUACCAUCGGUGGUCUGCUCCAUGUGCUGCCUCUUUGGAAUCAUCUACUGCUUCUUUGGCUAUCGAUGCUUUAAGGCAGUGUUGUUUCUAACUGGCCUGAUGUUUGGCUCUGUGGUCAUCUUCAUGCUGUGCUAUAAGGAGAGGGUAAUGGACACUCAGCUGAGCGUAGAGGCGUCUGUCGGCAUUGGCCUGGGCAUUGGGACACUGUGUGGCUUGGUAACCAUGUUGGUCCGCAGUGUGGGUCUGUUUAUGGUAGGCCUGCUGCUGGGCCUGCUGGUUGGCGUUGCAUCACUUGUGGUAAUGGAGGAAUUCUAUCAUCCUAAAACAGUGUGGGUUCCUCUGGGCAUUCUUCUGGGCUCCGGUACAUUGUUUGCCGUCCUUACUCUUCAGUGGCAACGCUGCUUCGUCACCUUCUCCACAGCAACAUUCGGCUCUGCCGUCAUCACAGUCACAGUGGAUUACUUUAUAGAGCUGUUUGCCUUAGUGCACUACAUCUAUGAGAGACUCAAGGUGGCACCAAAGAAACCUGUCUGCUGGUUUACCUGGGUCAUUUUGGGGGUGUGGCCUGUCUUGACCCUCCUUGGAGUUCUGAUCCAGUGGAAAGUUACUGCAGAGGGAUUCUCUCACACAGAAGUGGUACUAAGUCGACAGCAACGGCGGGUCCAGCUCAUGCGGAUCAGACAAAGGGAGGAGAAGCUGAAAAAGGAGAAAGAAAACAAGAAGAAGAAAAAACGUCAAAGCCAGAAGACUACCGUCAAGCAGAAGGUUCAUUCCCAUCACCACCAACAUCACCAGCAGUACCACCACCCAGUGUCCUCCCACACUCAUCACCAAAACCAGAGCUCUCAGCAGCCUAAGGUCCCUCCCCCUCCUACACAUACAGAACCCGGAUAUCACCGCAAACCCAAUCCUAAAAGACGCUUUGAUGGAGAUGUGCUUUCUCCGAGCUACAUCAGAAGUUUCAGAGACAGACAGACUGAAAGACGGUCAUACUCCCACACUCGAAUGAGUCGCUCUCGGAUGGCUCAACUUGACUACGACUGUGGCUCUCAAGUGCCUCUCACAGUCCCCAGUGGACCUCCAGUUCGGAUCUGAAAACAUUUAAACAACCACUGCCUCCCUCAAAAACUCUAAGAGACCAACAAAGGUGAAGACUUCAUUAAGUCCAUUCAACUGCCGGUUUAGCCAACUGAAGCUGAUGUCUUCAAGAUUAUUUAACCUUAAAUGGUUCAACCAUGUUUGACUUUUUUUCUGCCCAUUUAGAUCUUUUAGACAGACUAAGGAACCAAGAAUUUUAUCUUGCAGGGAGCACAAAUCAAUUGCCAUCAGAUUAUUCCAUUUUUGCCUCUGUCAUUUUUCUUUUUUUUUGUUGGGGCAGUGGAGAAAACUGACCUGUUUUAUAUGUAAUCAAGUGAAGCGAUGUGGAGGUGUCUUUGUCAGUGUGAUGUACCAUUUGACCUGCAAUGGAAUUGCUUAUAUAUUGAAAUAUCAGGGUAAUGAUAGUUUUGUUCUUUUUUCAUUAGGAGUUUUGCUUUGCAAGUUGUUCAAGGAUGAUCCCUUUUUGCUUUAGUUCUGGGGAGAAUGCAGAGCAAACAUAAAAACAAAGCUCUUCAUUUUUUUUCAUGGAGGUCUCUCUGCAAGAAAGAGUAUUUUUUCCAUUGGCCUUAUAUUUUUCACCAUAGCUUGUAAAUUCACAAAAUGGUAUCUGAUCCUGUCUUUUAUUUUUCUCCACAAAAAUGGAGAGUUUUGGGUGUGAAUCGAGCUGAACGGUUCAAUCCAAAGAGCUCUUUUUUUAAAUUCCCAUUUUCUGCAUCUUGUGCCAUUUUACUUGGUAGACAUGUUUACACCUCAUUACUGACCUCCCUACAUGCUUGAGCCCAUGCCUUUUGUUUCUAUGUUUAAGUGGACUCCUGAGCCCAGCCCUUCUCUGAUGGGCUAGCUUAAUUAUUAGCAAACAUGAGGGGGAUUCAUUUAAAUCUCUGACAAGCAUGCUGUACAAUACUCUUCCCCCUCUUGUUUCGCCAUACACUCCUUUGCUUAAAAGGAUUAAAUUCUGAAGGUUUUUAGGACAUGAAGAGAAGGCCUUAAAGAAAGAUUAUCUUUUUAAAAAGAGCGAGAUAAGAUGAAAUCAUAUGCAAAUGGCACACUCUAAUGUUUACUGCUGGACCUGUCUUUUAGACCUAUUCUAGGUCUGUUUGUGUCAACAUUGACUUUAAUGUUAGCCUCUUUUUAAUUAAUGGGUUUCUUGUAUUUAUUCUGUUGAGCCACCAUCAAGACAGAACAGAUUCAAUGUUUCUCAAAAGGAGUUUUAUUUUAUCUCAACCUUACUUAAACCUGAGAUUUUUUUUUUUAAAACGCACAAUUACUACUUAAGGAAAUGUUACAAUGAACAGUGACUGAUUAAACUGGCUGAAACGAUAUUUUACAGUUUGAAGUUCGAGGAUAGUUAAGCAAAAGAAAGAUAUUUGCAUUUCAACUUAACUCUUUGUUACUGGAUUACAAAUUAUUUACAUCAUAAUCCACUGUUGCAUGACAAAGCGUGUGUUAUAACUUUAUCCAUUGUGUUGUGUUGUCGUUGUUGCCGAGAUCUUUUUACCAAGAGUGUCCGGUUGAGUGGAGGUUUGAAGAGGACCCAAAUACAGAGACUGAAGCUAAAGUGGUUUAUUGGAGAUUUAAUAACAAAACAUGGAAACUGAAGCAAAAUCCAAAAAUACCAAAAUAUAGAAAACGUCAUGGAAAACUCAUGAAGAGCAAAGAAAUGACGAGGAAACAACAAAGACCAGGCUAAUCAGCAGAUUGGGAGCAGGUGUGGACAGAAGAAUCUAGAAGGGAGCUAGGGGAAAGGACACUUACACAAGAGGGCAACAGGGGGCAAACAAGAAAUACAUAAGAAAUAAA